AUGAUGGAUUUGCCAUCAUGGAAGACUUUGUUGCACUUAGCUUCGUCUAGGAAGCUUGAGCAAAGAACCAUCGCGGAACGAGUAUUCUCGAACACGGGCGCUGCAGAUUUUUUGGCUGCAGCGGCAUCGCCGAAGUCGUUCCCAAACUUCAAUGGACUCCCUGAAGUAAUUGUGACAGGGAGGGCGAACGCCGGAAAGUCAACGCUCUUGAACGCGGUGUUGGGCCGAAAGGCAUUAUUGCAUACAAGUUCAAAGGCGGGAAGAACUCGAGAGCUCAACUUCUAUCGCGUCGGCGAGGAACCAGGCCACCUUAUCCUAGUCGACGCACCUGGCUAUGGAGCUCGAGGGCGGAUUGAAUGGGGCAGACUAUUCGAUGCCUACCUUGACACCCGCAAAGAAUUGCGUCGCGUCUACAUCCUCUUCAACGCCAAGCACGGUCUAAACGAAUUCGACCGCCAAAUGCUCCAGCACCUCUCCCAGAAGCUCAUAUCCACAGACGGCACCCAGCCAUGGACCCUCCAGUCCGUCAUCACCAAGGCUGACCUCGUGCCAACCUCGCAGUUGUCCAAUACCAUCUCUCGAAUGCGGAAGGAGAUUUUCGAGGCCUCACCAUUAUGUCUCCCUCCCCUUAUCACAAGUUGCGAGAUGAACCCACCGUUCGGUAUCGAGAAAGUCAGGGAGAACAUCGCCCAAGCAUGUCAGUUAGUGUAA